CAGGCUGCCUGUGUUCGAUACCGUCAGCGCAGACAAAGCGCCCCGGGGCCAGGGGAGAGAGACGGACUCUGCUGGACCGGACUGUCCCUGUGUUACUGUCUCGAUACCCGGAGUCAUGCAAAAACAGCGGCCCGGCCGGGGGAAAUCCGCGCUGCCGCCCAGCUAUUACGAGGGGUUUAUUGAGAAGAAAGGGCCCAAGGAAAAGGAGCACAAGCGAUACUGGACGAGUCUGAUCGGAGACACUCUGUUCUUCUUCAAUAACUCCCGGGACACCACGUAUGUGGAGAAACUCUGUCUGUCUGGUUUCCUGUCGCUGACUGAUGACAACAGCCGAGACAAGAACCUGGAGGCGGGGCGCCUCACACUGAAGAUGCGCGACGGAGAGUUCCGACUGACGGUUCCCAGUCUGGAGGCCCGGGAGCUGUGGAAGGGAUUCAUCUACACCAUCGUUAAGCUCGCGGUGCCCCAUUCCCUCACUCUGCUGCCCGGUCAGAUUCACCUGCUGCAGGAGGUCCUGUCGGAGGAGGAGAAGAGGCGCAGGAAGCAGGAGGAGAGCGCAGCACCCCCCGCAGGCAGCCCUGCGAACUGCACUGAGCAGGAGACAGACCUGCCCAGCUGCUUCAACAAAGUGUCCCGGACGGAGGCAGAGUCUCUCCUGGAGAAAUACCCGGACUGCGGGAACCUGCUGCUGCGCCCGGGCAGAGACGGGCAGAGCUAUGCUGUGAGCACCAGACAGGAGCUCAACGGGUCUUCGGUGAUGAAGCACUACCGGGUGGGAAGGCAGGGCCCAGGCUACCUGAUCGAGGUGGAGAAUCCUAUCUCGUGCUCCUCUCUCUGUGACGUGGUGAGCUGCUUCAUAGAGAAGACGGACCGCACCCUGGUGCCCUUCAUCCUGCAGGAGGACUACGAGCACAGCAUCAGUUUUGUUCAGUCGGACAGAGACAGUGGGGAGGACACUGUGCAGCGUGCCCGAGCGAUCUCGACCCCCAAACCCCCCCUCCCUCCCAAAAAACCAGGUAUCCCCUCUCCUCGGGCUUCACUUCCCACCCUGUACACCGAACCAGAACCCAUCCCAGAACCGGAACCAGAGGAAAACUUUUACCUGAACGACUACUGUAAUGCUCAGAGUGCGGAGGACGCUGUGAAGAAAGGUCAGGCUGACCACUCCCCCCGACCGCCCCUCCUGCCACCCAAACCAGCUCCCACAACGAUGAACCCAGUGAAUAUGAAGACUCCCCUGAAGCCCCCCGUGUGUCUCAAACCCAAACCCAGCCAGCGCCCCCCCUCCGAAUCCACGGCAACCGUGAAGCCCCUGUUACCACAGCAAUCACAGCCCAACGAGAUGCUGCUGCACAGUGUAACAGAGGAGCUGCGUGAGAAGCUGCUGCAGAGGCGAGGUUAUCUCAGCUGAGAGACGGGGCGCAGGCCAGGGGGCGGGGCGGGGGCCCGGGAUGUAGUGGUAGAGUUAAAGAGCACAUUUGAAAUGACGCUGCUACUUCAAAAUGCUCCACAAAAUGACUAAGCAGCCCGUCCUGAAACAAGGACAGAGGCACUGAAUGGGUUAAAGCAUCUCGUUUCUCCUCCACACAGCGCUAAUGCAGGGUUGAUAGCGUGCUACUGUAGCGCUGCUCCUCAGAGCUGCUGAGUGGAAUCGCUGCUUCUCUGAGUUUAGAAUCUCUUCUGAUUCACCAGAACUGAGCAGCUGAGCAAACGGCUUCCUCUUCAGACACAUGGAGAGCGACGCGAGUCACGAGCACUCAGAUCAGCACAUCCAGCAGCCCUACAGGCUCAACCCAGCAUCAUGCACCUUGGUGCACAAAGAAAAACGCGGUUUUAUUUGCAGGGCACGUAAUUCCCUUUGUAUCUUAAACUUUUCAGGAAUUCAUGUAUUAAACAAACAGUGCUGUAAAAAGAGUGUGUGCGCAUGUUGAGGUACAGUAUGUGUGUCUUGCAUCGAUCCAUUCCGAUUCCAAACACAAUUUAUCAAAGGUAAGAAAAUACAAAAUCAUUCAAAGUU